CGGAGGGAGCGCGCCCGGCCCGGCCGCGGGACCCCCCCCCCCUGCGAGCCCCGGAGCACCCCCCGGACCCCCGGUUAGAGCCGGCCCCGGAGCCCCCCCCGCCCCUCCCCGGCCGCCCGGCGGGGCGGGCGGAGCGGACGGAGGCGGUUCCAGGCGGCGGCUCGCCAUGGCCCUGCCCCGCACGCUGGGGGAGCUGCAGCUGUACCGGGUGCUGCAACGUGCCAACCUGCUGGGCUACUACGAGACCUUCAUCCAGCAAGGGGGGGACGACGUGCAGCAGCUCUGCGAGGCGGGCGAGGAGGAGUUCCUGGAGAUCAUGGCGCUGGUGGGCAUGGCCACCAAGCCCCUCCACGUCCGCCGCCUCCAGAAGGCCCUGCGCGAGUGGGCCUCCAACCCGGGGCUCUUCAGCCAGCCCGUCUCGGCCGUCCCGGUCAGCAGCAUCCCGCUCUUCAAGCUCUCCGAGGCCGGCGGGCGCAAGGCGCUCAGCAACGGGCACGCCAGCCCCGGCGAGGCCGCGGGCAAGGGGGGUGGCAGCGCCGGGACGCCCCCAGCCCGCAGCCCCACGGAGCCAGGGGAGAAGCUGUCGCCGUCAGCGGCUCCGCCGUGGCCGGGAAGGAGCACCCCCGAGUCGGAGGGCGGAGGGGAUGAGGAGCCGGGGGGUCCCCCCUUCUCCCCGGGUGGCAGCAGCGGGGAGCAGGCGGUGGGCACGGAGCUGGAGCCGGAGUUGGCACGGACGGUGGUGGAGAGCGUGGAGAGGCUGCUGCAGAGCUGCCCCCGGGGCGGCGAGGCCGAGCUGAGGGCGCUGAUGAAGCUCAACAAGAAGCUGGCCAAGGCUGUGGGGCACAUCUUCCAGCUGGAGGACGGUGACCGGCAGAAGGAGGAGGAGAUCCGCCGGCACAGCGCGAUCUACGGCCGCGGCGAGGCCCGGCGCCGCGAGGGCAAGCAGCUCACCCUGCACGAGCUCAUCAUCAACGAGGCGGCCGCCCAGUUCUGCCUGCGGGACAACUCGCUGCUGCUGCGGCGCGUCGAGCUCUUCUCGCUGUCGCGGCAGGUGGCACGGGAGAGCACCUACCUGUCCUCGCUCAAGGUCGCCAGGGCCCAUCCCGAGGAUGGCGGUGCCGUCGUGGCCAAGCGGCUCAAGCAGGAGGCGGGAGAGCAGAGCCGCCCGGAGCUCCUGGCGCUGCCGGUGGGGCUGGAGCCCCCCGGGGCCGGGUACCGAGCCAGCUUGGAGGAGGACACGGGCAGCCUCUCCGGGGAGAGCCUCGACGGCCACUUGCAGGCGGCGGGGGCCUGUCCCCGGCUGACCCCUCCGCCCGGUGCGGCCCCGGACGUGCCCCUCGGCCUGGCGCCCCACGGGCUCUGGAGCCGCCACAUCCUCCAGCAGACGCUGAUGGACGAGGGGCUGCGCCUGGCCCGGCUGGUGUCGCACGAGCGCGUGGGGCGGCUCAGCCCCUGCCUGCCGGGGAAGCCCCCGGGACCAGAGUUCGAGGAUGGGCUGGCGGAACGGGGUCCUGCGGCCCCCCCAGACCCCCCUCGGGGUACAAUCAAGGUGGAGCAGGAGACCAGCAGGCAGUGAGGCCCCCGUAGCCCCCCCGCCACCAUUAACGAAGCAAUAACGUGCUGGGGGACGGGUGCGGCGGCGCUCCGGGCCCGGGGAGCUUGGGGAUUGGGGCGGGGUGGGGGUCUCAACCACAGCCCCCCCCACCCGGCCCCCUCCCGUCCCACACCGACGCUCUGGUUUACCUCAGCCGCGGCGGGAUGCGACUCCCCGCAGCAGCAAUACCCUCAUCCCGCCCGGCUCCGCUCCCCCGCCGCCCCCCCAGGGCUGGGGAGCCCUCGAUGGACUGGAGCCCCCCCCCCCAGAACCCUGUAGAACCCCCCCAAGUGCUGACCGUCCCCCACGCGGGGACAGACGCGUCGCACUGUGCGCUCCCACGUCAGCGCUGCCGCCCACGCCGGGCACACGGUCCCCCCCCACACACCCCCCGUACCCCCCCCACCCGCAGCGCCCACGCACCAGCCGCCAGCCCCCUCCCCGCAGCACGUGCCAGCUCACUGUGCACCCCCCCCUACCCCACGACCCCCCCCCCCCAGCACCGCAUCGGCUGUAAAUACCCCCCAGCCCCCUCCCCACCACCGCAGCCCCCGCACGCAGCCCCCCACCCCGCACCCCGAUACCUGCGUGUGCUUCAAGCAUGGUCCCUGUGCCGGGGGGUGUCACACGUGCCGGGGGGUGUCACCCCCUCCCAGCACGACGCAGGCGGCGUUGGACGGGCACUGGGGAGGUGCUGUUCCCCCCACACCCCACCCCAAAACCCCUCGGGGUUCCUCCUCCUCUCCCCACCCCACCCCAAAACCGUGCC